AGGAGAGACUUACUGGCUCAUAACCUGCCUGCCAGUCUCAGAGCCCGGCGUUCCCUGUGAGGAUCCGGAUCCCUGAGCCCCAGUGACUGGCAGUGCGGGGAGACUGUGCUGUAGGUGCGCUGACCUGGACCGACAUGGAUUUGGAGCCUUGGGGGUCCCUUUCCCUACACAGCAGCCCCCCUAUCACUUAACGUCGGUGCAGAAGAUGAGAAGAAUAUGGAGAAGCUCUCACACCAUGAAAGACUGGUGAUAUUGUGCAUCUUGGCUCUCGGCCUCGUGGAGCGGGCACAGGGCCAAACCCCGUGCAAAACCGAUGGAAUAUAUGCCAACUGCAAAGGGAGGAGUCUUGCCGCCGUCCCGAAGGACCUUCCCACCACCCUCGUGGAACUGGACCUGUCCUACAAUAGACUUUCCCAUAUCCAGUUUGAUGACUUUGCAUCUUUCACUCAUUUACGAGCCUUGAAUUUGAGUUACAACAACAUUUCUGCCAUAGAAACGGGCUCUUUUGCUUCCAAUGUUCUUCUGACCAACCUCACCCUGUUCAACAACAGCCUAACGGAGAUGCCUUCAGCUUUGUUUGAACCUCUACGAUUCUUGCAGUUCCUUGACAUUUCCAACAAUUUCUACAAUUGUGCUACCCUUGGGGCAGAAUUCAGCAUGUUGGAGAAUCUACGGAACUUGUCCAUCGGUGGCCCAUUAGUAAGCAAGGUCCUGAAAGGUGACUUUGCCCCCAUAAAGAAUAUCAGCCUCCAAAGGUUUUCGCUGAAGACCAUGUCCAGCCUUUGGUUGUAUGAAAAGGGGGCGUUUUCAGACCUCAACACUCAAAGUUUAUGGUUGGAUAUUGCCCUUGAUACAAACCCACAAGCUCUGCCUCGAAUGCUGAAGGACCUGGCAGGGAAAGCCUUCAGCAGCCUCCGUUUCCGGAACUUGUUUGAGUUCACCUACUACACGGAUGCCAUGGACGUGUUCUUCGGCCUCGCCGACAUUUUCAUCAAGGAGUUGACCUUCUACCGUGGGAAAUUUAAUGAGAACCUGCUGCGUCUGACGUUAAAAAACGUGGAGAAGUCCAACAUCCAAGACCUGUUUCUGCUGUCCAUUGACUUUGCCCGUUCUCUUAGCACCAACAGGACAGAUAUAAGAAUUAAUGACCUCGCUUUGCGACGUCUGGUCAUCAAAGACGUGACCAACCCUGACAUCUUGAGGUUUGAUUGGACGUUUACUUGGUUCAACAAGGUCAGCCACCUGGACAUUAUCAACGUCAACUUCAACUUUGUGCCCUGCGAUGCCUGGAGUCAGAUGGUCAAUGUGGAGAGGCUGGACAUAUCCAACAACCGCCUUUUGGCUUCCAAUCUUUACAACCUGCUGUGCCAGUACAGUGAGUUGCCCAACCUCCACACAUUCAUAGCCUCGGAUAACAACAUGCGCAGCCUGUAUACACUCUCUUUAUUGACUCUGACUUGGCCAAAGCUGGCCACUCUCGACCUGACGUCCAAUUACCUAGGAGCGCUUGAUGAGGUCUGCACGUGGACCCCUCAAAUAACAAAGCUGAUUUUAAAGGACAACACGCUGAAGGUAGGCGUCUUCAAGUGCUUGCCCGUGACAGUGGAACAUCUAGAUAUGUCCAACUCCUUGUUGGAACGACUAGACAUGGACUAUUUCAACAGAGCUACCAAACUCAAGGUGCUGAUUCUCAGCCAAAACAAACUGAAAUUUAUAUCCAGAGACUGGAAGUGCCCAAACCUCCAGGUUCUGGGCUUAGAAGGCAACUCGUUCAGUGUCAUUGAUAAAGGGUCCUUCAAAGACCUGCCUGAGCUCAGAAGAUUGACGGCAGGAGAUAAUCCGUAUCAUUGCACCUGUGACCUUUAUGCUUUUUUUACGGAAACUCUAACUGAGCGUAGAGUCUCGCUUGCUGAUUGGCCAGAAGAAUAUAAUUGCUACCACCCACCCCACCUUCUGGACACCAAAGUGGAAUUCUACAACCCUGGGAGAGUAGAGUGUGAUGUAAGACUGGUGGUCGCUAUAUCGGUGUCCACUACGGCGGUGGUGGUUAUGCUCUGCAUGCUACUGUGUUGGAGGUUUGAUGUUCCGUGGUAUCUCCGGACAACAUGCAGCAUAGUGCAGUCCAAAUAUCGUUCUAGAAGUUUCCACGAUAGUCGAGACUACAACUACCACGCCUUCAUCUCCUACAGCCAUUCAGAUGCCGACUGGGUGAGAGGGGAGCUGCUGUACCGGCUGGAGAGCUGCAGCCCCCCGUACCGAGUUUGCAUUCACGAGAGGGACUUCCUCCCAGGGAGAUGGAUCAUCGACAACAUCAUCGAGAACAUUGAGAGCAGUCGCAAGAUCAUCUUCGUGCUCUCCCGCAACUUCGUCAACAGCGAGUGGUGCAAUUAUGAGCUGUACUUUGCCCACCAGAGGGCUAUCGGCCAUGCUUUUGAGGAUGUCAUCUUGGUGGUCAAGGAGAAGGUCACUAUGGAAGACCUUCCAAAGAGGUUUCAGAAGCUCAGGAAGAUGAUGAGGACCAAGACCUACCUGGAGUGGCCUUCAGAGCAGAACAGACAGCAUUUCUUUUGGAUUCAGCUAAAGAGCAUUUUGGGCAAGGCCAACCCUCCCGUUACUAGCCAAGAGACCCUGUCUGUGGUGAGUGAAACUGUUGCUUACGGGACUUGUUCUGUCUCGGAGACUCCAUCUGUACCACUCGGCAAGGUGACUCUGCCGAGCAGCUGAUCCUUCCCAAAAUCUACUGGUCAUCUGCACCAGAACCGGAGCCACGGAGCCAUGUCUCCCUCAUGUGAAGGUCUUCCCUCAAGACCGAGUUUUGAAUGGCUCCAAAUUGCAAGGAUUAAAGUGAUUGGCCGAGCCCCGGUGGGUUGAUUUGCACCACUUUCCUUGAUGGACGUAAGAAAAGGCAUGUUUGUUAUGGAUUAAAACUCAGUUCACAUUUCCUACUCCCCGAGCUCUUCAAAAGAAUGUCAGGAAUGAUGAGAAGUUCUUACUCACUGCUCGUUGCUUCUUUAGAGCUUAUUUAUUAACCACCCCGGCCAAAAUGUGGCUCCAUUCCCUGAGAAUAUACAGUAUUAUUCAUGGGCCAUAUUCCCUGCCCUGGGCACCCAAUAAGCUAUACCCUCCUACUGGCACCUC